AUGUCGCAAGCAAAGCACAAUUUGAUCCACAAGUGCUCGUUCAACGGGAAGCCUUGUGAUAUUGACAAGUAAGUUGAAAAAAAAUAGAGGAACUUUUCAUCGAAAAAAUUGGAGCUUAUUCACAAUUUCAAUCAUUUCACCCUAAUUUUUCAGAGACUUCGAACUCGUGGCUGAUCCAACCUUUGGGAACUGCUUUGUUUUCAACCACGACAGGAAGGAGCAGAAAAGUAGCUUGCGAGCUGGGCCGCAAUACGGUUUUUUUUGUGGAGCUCGUUGAUCCAAAUAUCACAAAAAAAAGGCCGAGCUUUUCUCAUUGUGGGUAAUAGAGUUAUGAUAAAGCAAUCAGUCGUAUAAUAAACUUCGAACUUAAGGUAACGAUUGAAAUGUGUUGAAUGAUUUUUUUCUAGCGUAAAUCAACCAAAAAAAUUUUAGAAGUUGUUUUUUGAUUCCGGAGAUUUUGUUGAUUAGAGUUUUCAGGCUGCAACUUAUAAGAAAAACAAUUUAUCGAGCUAAUUUUUCUGUGAAAACAAACUGGACCCACGGGAAGCAACUGUAGAGAGUUUGAAAAUAAUUGGCCGACUCCUCGAAAAGUAAACGGAAAAGAGAAAAUUGUAAUGUUACUGCACGGUACUCUAUCUAUUGAACUUUUAUGUUGUUUUUUUUUCUGUUGAACUCAAGAUAAAUCUGUUUAGACAGACAGUCAAAAAGCUCAGAGUUCAAAAAACGGUUCUCAAAAUGAUUUAUUUCAUCUCUUUAUCUGAAGCAAGCGUUUUGACUUACCAGUCUCAUGGCAUGUUUAUUGGACAGAACAAAAACUGCUUCGAAACGCAAAAAAUUGCUCCAAAACAAAAAUUAGUACUGUUCUGGAGCAAAUUUAGCGAUGAACACGAUUUUCCGUUUUGAAGCAUGUUAUGUUUCUCCGAUAAGCACGCCUUUCAAAAAUCUUACAUUUUUUAACUCCGUUUUUACCUCUCAAUAUCGAAAUUCAAGGCUUGCGAGUGAUGCUUUACGUCAACGCCAGCGACUAUCUCCCAACCUCCGAGGCAGUUGGGAUUCGACUCACCAUACACGAUAAAGAAGAUUUUCCCUUCCCAGUGUGUGAAUUUUCAUGAAAAAACUUAUUUUGGUUCCCAGGACACUUUUGGUUACUCCGCCCCAACAGGUUACAUAUCUUCGUUUGGAAUGAGAAUGGUUUGACAACCAAGUUGUUUUUUUUAAUAAAGCAUUAUCCCAGAAGAAAAUGAGUCGUCUACCAGCUCCUUAUGGAGAUUGCAUCGAAUCGGGAGCCACUUCCAACUAUAUCUAUAAAGGAUAUGCCUACUCUACUGAGGUUUGAAGCUAAAGUUUGUUUUAUAAUUCUUUGAGCUUAAGGGAUGUUACCGGACUUGUUUCCAAGAGUUGAUCAUCGAUCGCUGUGGAUGUAGUGACCCGAGGUUUCCCACAAUCGGCGAAACGAUGCCUUGCGAAGUUUUCAAUAAAGCCCACAGUAAGUUCAGGACUUCUAUAAUUCAUUUUCAAAUUUUUUAGGAGAUUGCUUGGAAAAGCACACCCAUGAAGUCAGCGAAGUUCACAGUUCUUUCAAAUGCAGGUAAAGACUUUGAGAAGUUAAUUUUUAGUCAUAGUUUUUUGCUGGAGGUUUUGAAUUGAAGAUACUUGCUUUCAUGGGCUACAAAAAUCCUAUUUUUUGGCUCUCGUGUAAGGUCACUAGAAGUGGCUGUUUUGAGUUUUGAUUAUUUUGAGGCAUCCAUUCUGUUUUGAUUAUUUUGAGACCCUCGUUUAAGGCGCAGUCUCCAGGCUAUAGACGAUUCACAGCUAGCUUGGGACGCAAAAACGCGUGGCCUGUCUGCGCUUUCCACCAACCAGGGCACUGUCUCGUCUCUUUUCUUGGCAGGAACCUUUUCUCGAUGGCUCAAGCUAGCCGUGAAUCAGCUAUACAGCUUCAAGAACUGCUAUUUUCUGAGCUUCUCAAAGCGCAAUUAAAUGGAAUACGCGUAGAAAAAGGCAAAGAGCCGUAAAUCCAUGCAUUCAACUUGAUCAACUACACGUUAUAACUUCAAAAGUUCUUGUUCACCGCCUAAUCAAUAAAAUCUAUGGAUUAAAAAAAAAUGAAUAAAUGAUUCACUGAUUAAAGCCUCCUUUUGAACAUUUUGACCUCUGGAACGCAUUUCAGAUGCCAGCAACCCUGUAAUCAAACCGUCUACACCACCUCCUACUCUGAAGCGAUUUGGCCUUCUCAAGCUUUGAACAUCUCUUUAGGACAUUGUGAGAAAACCCCGGAAGAGUGCAAUGAAGAAUAUCAGUUAGUUGAUCUUAAAUGCUUUUCUUUUUCUUAUAAUUUUUUGAGAAAAAAAAUUACCAUUUCACUUAUUACAGAGAUGACGCUGCAAUGUUAGAAGUCUUCUAUGAAGCACUCAAUUUUGAAGUUCUUACUGAAUCGGAAGCCUAUGGAGUGAGUAGAAAAGUUAAUUUUAUGAGAGAAUAUUCUUCAGAUUGUCAAAAUGAUGGCUGAUUUCGGUGGCCAUCUCGGACUCUGGUCAGGAGUUUCAGUCAUGACCAUCUGUGAAUUUGUCUGCCUGUUUUUCGAGUUGCUUUUCAUGGCUGUGGCUCACAAUAUUCAACGCAGAAAAAUGGAGAGGGCGAACGCACAGAGAGAAUUUUGAAUGAAGUUUUUUGUCUUUCGGGAACUGUACUGCAGGAAUCAUUAUGUUCUGAAUAUGAAGCGUUUUCUGUGGAGAAAACCAUGAAAAACUUAAAUUUUUUGAGUUUGCAGAUCUCAAAUAUUUUUCCUUGCCUUGUUGAUUUUUUUUUCUAUUGAAGUCCGGUGUUUACCAAGUUUUAAACCGGUGAGUGAAAGUUGUAUAAAGAAAGUGAAAACCCAGAAGUGGCAUGACGUCAGUGAGAGCUCUGGUACAAUAUAAAAUGUCCUCGGUCGCCUCCAGUUAUUUAUUUUCCCUCUUUUUUGGAGCAUUCCAGAAUCGCGCGAUUUUAGGAAAAUGAAAAGGAGACAGUCAAAAAACUUCAUUUUUGACUUUUUUAUAAAAAUCAUCUCUCUCUUCUCAUAUUUUUUUACAAAGUUUACGUGGGCUCCAAGGUCGUUAUAGCACAUAAUACCAUUCAUAUAGGCCAUUCCGCGCCAGCUUGUCACGUUUUUCUUUCCGCCAAAAGGCCAGAUCAAAUUUGACCAACUUCGCUUUGAGACCUUUGUUUUUUGCCAUUAUAAAAGCAUAAAUUUGAUCUAUUUUGGUAUACGGUCUUAUUGGCGGAGAGAAAAACGUAACUAGCUGGCGCAGAAUAGGCUAUAUUUGAUGUUUAAAACAGUGAUUUCGUACAAAUUGAAAAGUGGAAAACUUCUAUUUCAAUCUUCAGAAAUUUUUGACAUAAAGUGACAUUACUUUUUUUGUAAGCGCUUUUUCAAUAGCGAGCAAAAAAACGAAAAAUGUAAUCCAUUCGCCAACAAGUAUGACGACGUUGGUGUCUAGAAUCAUGUACAAAUAGGGAAAAGCAUGACGCAUUCGCCUUUCAUCGUGUUUUCCAAGCGACGAUCUGUCUUCACGGUUGAUUGGGCGGCAGAAGUAUCCUGUGGCAGGGUCACGUCGUCACCUUUUUCGCGCCCGAUCAAAAUGGAGUCGAGCUCGCGGUCCAGUUAUUGGCAUUGAUUGGCACUCUCGCUCCGACGCAUAACUUUAUGACUUUCAUUCGAAAAUAUCUAUGUUUUUCCUCUUAUUAUCUUGAAAUUUUUGGCUUUUUUCAUUGAAAGGACCGUCAAUGGUACACUAAUAGAGAAGCUCGCUUUCUAUUUAUUUUCUUAACUUCGUUAUUGAUUUUUUUUUUUGAUUUAGCUAUUAUAUUAAAUUGCAGCGUAGUUUUUGCUGUUAUUUCAGGUGCUUUUAUUCAUCAAUAUUCGGCUAAUUGUCCAUUUAUCUUAUCAAUCUCGUUUGGUGACCUUGUGCUCAUUAUCUGUCCUUCCUUGCUCACAAGGAAAAUCGUUCUAUUUUGCAGUUGGGAAUCUUCUCAAAAUUGAUCAGAACCCACCUUGAGGUACCAGAUGAAGAUCCUGAAGUUUUCAACCAACACAACUUCUCUGUUUUUGAGAAUUCUAAAAUCAAAAAAACCCUAAAAAUCCGUUGAAGUAAGCCACAUUGAAACUUCGAGACCUUAUUUCUCGAAAACUAGAGAGUUUUGACCAUCUUCCAGGAAAUUCCCAACCACAAAGUGAACUUGAAUUCAUUUUUUUUCCGAGAUCCUUUUAUUCCGUAGAGUUGGAAUUUUUUUAAAAUUUGAACCUUUUUUGUGAAAAUUUUCACAGAAAAACCCAUUUUUGAAUACGUUUCUGGCCAAUAAUACCAAACUGUGUGUUUUUAAACCUUCUACUCAAUUUUUCUUUCGAGUUUUUUUGUUACUUGAUUUUUUCAGGUGGUGCUGUGAUUUUCGCGGAGGUGGCGCCUUCCUUCAUCGUGACACAGAAGAGGGAUUCCGGGAGGAACGCCAGGUCCAGAAGUUGGAUAAUAAAAGUGAGUAUGCGGUAGGAAGAGGGGAACGUGACGCAACGCGGCUACCAAGCCAAUAACCGGAUCGGAUCAAGCGUCACGGCGUGCACUACGGGAAUGAAUCUCCUUAUUCUCCGCAGCGCUUCUUUUCUAGUUUUUUUUUCCUUUUUUGCAAUGAUUCUCUGAAGGAAAAAAAUAAAUCAAAGCUAGGAUUUUUUUCUUUUUCCAUGAUUUUUCUCCUAUCUCCUUUAGUGAAUUUUGACAGAAAUCAGUCAGAAUAUUCAAUUGAUCUCCCGGUGUCCUAGAACUCUGAGCUAAUUUUUCCGGAAAAAGCAUCCAUUUUGCAUAUUUUUAUAAAUUAAUAAUCUUCAGAAGAGGUUCGUUCUGGUUUUUUUCGUUUCUCAGAGCAAUCAGAUUUUUUUCUGAACCUGAAUAAAAAUUCCUCCAUUAUAAGGUCAAUUUUUCAUUAUUUGAACUAUUUUUGAAUUUUUAUUAUUUGAAGCUUUUUUUCAGUUUCCCAUAUCCUUUUUUUCAAACUUGAAGUCGUUUUUCCUACUCCAUUGAGUCCCUAUAUACAAAUCCGAGAGUCUCAAUAAGGUCAAAUUUUAAUUUCUUGGUCCCUCACGGCCUUUUCCUCCAUUGCGACUCCUCUUGGCCCAGAUUACGUAGGCCACUUUUGCAGUUAUACCAACAAACGACCUCGAAAUCUCAGUUUCGGCUUUUUUCUUUUUUUUUUCUCCUUUUUUUUUUGUGCAAGAAAGUUCAUACUGUUAUACUUGGUCGAAUUCAUACGCUGUAAUAAAGGUCCAAAAGUAGGUCACCUGUGAAAUGGAAUUUCGCUUUGGGAGUAGGUCGGUGGUGUGAAGGGAACUAGCUAUAUUUAUUAGAAUGAAGAUCGUCUAAUAGUAGCUCGGAAAUGAUUUUUAAAGGAAUUUAUUGAGAAAGGAUCCUGCAGAGAUUUCGGUUCGCGAAGAUUAAAUCUCCAAAAGGUCGGACUUAAGGUCUAUUGUCCAUCGUUGCGCUCAAUUUCUGCACGUUCCAUGCAUUUGCACUAUUCAAAAAUUUGCAUCAAAUACCGGUGUAUGUUUUGAAUAAAUUUCUCAGUAGACAUAUUUUUUGAGAGGUUUUCUUGAUGAAGACAGAGAUUUCUUUUUUUCAAAUAAUCAUUUUUAGUGACAUUCUGUCAAUAGAUCAUUUUGUAAACAUGAAUAAAUUUGCUCCUUUUCAUUUUCUUGUUUAAUUGAUUGAUCUUAUUCGAAAGCUGAUCUCGGAAAAAUUUUCAGAAGUUUAGAAAGAUUUUUUUUUUUCCAUUUUCGUUGAGUCCGAAAACUUUAAGGCAAACAUUUUUCAUACAUAGCUUCACAUCCCGAACUUCUUGAUAUGAUAAAUAUGACCAAUAUUUUUUUCACCAAUCCGGAAAUAGUGUCUAGUCUUAAUUUUACUUUGUAAUUGCGAUUUUUUGAAAAUUAGCUGAAAGACUCUUCGAUGUACAAGAAGAAGAUUUUGAAAACUUCAACUUGCAAAACUUUCUACUUUUCCAGAAACGACGCUGCAUGUUGAAAGAAAACGCUCAAAAUUGCUCAAAAUGGGCUUUUUGGGGCUUAAGACUCUUAUUUCUGGAGAAUUAGGAAGUCGAGACGUUUAGAAUAUUUUUCUGGUAAAGCAAAGAGUGUUCUGAAUAAUUUUCAAGAAAACUAAAAUGACCUUCCCUGUUAGUAUGAAAGUGAAAAAUAUGUUCUUUCAAAACAAAAUUUGAGCCCUUUCGUCAACUUUCUAUGCCAUUCAGCACAAUAGCAGUCGUGUGCAAACUUAUGUGCUACAGAGCGCCGUGUUCCUUUAUCAUUGAACCCUAGACUUGCUUCUAUAAACAGCCCGAUUAGAACUCUCAACCUUGAUAUUUAAGGCUGCCGGAGGGCUGGGCAGAGAUUCGAUCCAGUCGCGAUGCUCACGGAAUGGCUAUAUUGGCUUCUCAUCUUUCUUUUCUUCUCCGGAUCCCUCUUCUUGCUUCAUAUACCACUGCCGCACGACAUCGCCGAUCGCAAAAAGUUGACGGUCGCCGAGUUUUUACUCCGCAUAUUCAAUGAAUAUGUGGUAAGGUUUCGGAUGGUUGCAAGUUUCAGAAUGAGGAUUUUUAGGGUGAUAUGUUGGAAAGUGUUUGUGGUCCGGAACGAAGAAAUAAACUGACAAGACACGUCGUCGCCGCUGGAUUCAUUCUACCACAACUACCUCCAGAUAACAUCGAAGUUAGCUCCCAAGAUUUAAUUUUUUGAAAGAAGGAAACUUUUCAAUACAGGAAAAUUGCUCUCAAGCUUUCAAAAAUACCCUUUUUAUACAGUACCGUCAGAAAGGAUAUAAAAAAACGCUUUUUGACCACCACGUUUUUGUAUAGAGCUUGAUCUUUCUGAAACCUUUUGGAGUGGUGCUGGCUACUAUUUUCAAUCCUCUGGUGGGAAUUCAGUCUACAGAGCAAUUUUGAAGAGCUUCAGAAAAAUUCAACUUCAUAAAAAACGAUAUGAACAAAAAACAUUUCUCUGUGACAGUAUUGUACUUUUUUUCGAGCAUAUUUUUUUUUGAGACAUGCAUUUCUUUCUUUGAGCGUGUUCAAUUUUUUGAAACAAAAAAGACAAUGAUUUCAUUCGAAUUUCAUUCUAUUCAGCGAAAAGUCUGUAAACUGGGAGGCGUCAAAGUCAUCACGUACAAUCCCGAAAGCAAAAAAAGCGAUGGUGUUCUUGUUUUUAUCCAUGGCGGAGGUUGGGCCACAGGCCGCGCUAGUGAGUCUUUUCGGUCAUUUUUAGAAAAUAAAUACAUUUUUCCAGAAUUUUAUGAUUCAAUCAUGUACGAACUUGUUAACCGGCUUGGCGUUUGUGCGGUCUCGGUCGAAUAUCGAUUAGCUCCAGAGAAUCCGUAUCCGGCAGGGCUGGAUGACUGCGAAGCCGUCAUUUGGCAUCUUUACCGAAUCGGGUUUGAUCGACCUUGAGACUGAGUUCAGUCAGAUGAGUUGGUUUUGCAGUUGCGAAGGAUUAUCGUUCGACAAGGAGAAAAUUGUGGUGGUUGGCGACAGCGCUGGCGGCAAUCUCGUCGCCGCCGUUUGUCAGAGAAUCGCCCGGCAGAACGAGAAGUUUGUCAAGGUAAAAUUUAGAUGUUGAAUGUUCACAAAAAGUUCAAGUCUUUUGGUUUUUGUAUAAGCGUUUUGCUUCUAAAUUUGUUCUAAUCGAAAAAAACGGGACUUUUCAGUCAUUAAGACUGCAAUUAUGAAUUCCAAAUAUCUAUGAAAAUUCUAUUUGGAUCCAACAAAACUUCAAAUGUUUGAAAAAAAAACCUCUAUAGCUCCUUCUCAAAAAAAGUCACUUCUGGAAAAAAAAAUAAUCUUGGAGUUUCUGAAUUUCUUUAGGAAGACCAAAAAUCAUAGUCUUCGACAUUUUUUGUACAUUAGUCGAUGCUCAACCGUUGCAGGCGCAGAUUCUUAUCUACCCGGUCAUACAUGUUUUCAAUUUUUCGUCGCCAUCUUAUCAAGAAUAUUACCAAAAGUAAGAACCAUUUGGAAAGCGACGAAAUUUUGUCUUUUUGCCAGAUAUGGAGGUACGGGUCUGCUCAACCCCAGGCAAAUGGCCAGGUGGAUUCUCUUCUACUUGGGGAUACCCGCAACUCAAGAUAAUAUCAAAAAAGUCACACACAAUCAACAUUUGGAAGAGUGAGUGAAAACUUUGGUCAACUUCUAAAUUUCUUUCAGAAGUUAUGAAAACUCUGCGAAAUUCGAAGAAAUGUUGGGUCUGGAGACAUUACCGGACGAGUUUACGGAGCACUAUAUUCCGCCGAAGCGCAGAGCUGUUUACAAAAAUGAUUAGUUUCCAUGAUACAAUUUUUAUUCUUAGGUAGACAAUGAGCUCGCUAAGAAUUUCACUAAAUUGGGCACAAAUCCGGAAGUCAGUCCAAUCUUUGGAGUUACUUCUGACCUCCCACCGGCUCUCGUCAUAACGGCUGGUUAUGAUGUCCUUCGGUAAUUUUUUUAUUAUUUUCUAAGUUCAAUAACUCGAUUUCUUCGAAUAUCAUCUUCUCAGAGACGAAGGAGUACAAUACGUAACGAGACUGAGGAAGUUUGGAGUUCCAACAGAGUGGAAACAUUUUCCGCAAGGAUUUCAUGGACUAUUCAACAUGCCGCACAGCGAGGAGAAAAAUAAAAUGAUGAUUGAAGUUGUGAACUUUGCUCAGAAACAUGUAUAG